UCUGGAGCUGAUCCCGCUCGGCCAUGUUCGGCAGCGCCGCGAUAUCGCCAUGAGCAGCGACUCAUCUUCGGCCGAGCUAUCCGCUUCGCCAUCUCCAUCGCCGCCGCGCUCGCCGGUAACGCAUCAUCUGCCUGGCCUGCAAGAUCUGGUCGUGCACUUCGUGGACGCGAAGAAAUCUCUGAGCGCCACCAGCCAUGUCUACCGUGCCAACGAGGUGGUGACUAACUCCAGAGCGCUGAUCGAAGAAAUCGCUGUUCUCAAUGCGAAGAACACCUAUGCACGCCGAGGCCUCGAUGAGCAAGUCAGCACGUUGGAGGCCAUCAGAGAGGCUCUCGUUGAUGAUGGGACCAAGAUUUCAGAUGAAUUUGAUGUUACUAUCGCCGACUUGGACAAGGCGCAUGCGAGGCUCGAUAAGACCUUGAGUCAGCUGAGGAAGACUAUUGUUGCAGAGCGACACUCCCUUUCCCGACAGCGCACUAACGACACAGUUACGAAUGCGGCAGAGAAGUCGGACGAAGAUGAAAACAAGACACUCUUCGACUUUGUCGACGAGGACACACAUGAGAACCUCUUGUCUACUCUCCGUAGUCUGAUCGAUCAGUACAACGAUGCCCGUGGUGACCUCAACGACAACCUGUCUAGCUUCGAAUCCUCGAUACAUUCUAUCAAGGACAAGCUACUAGAGAAUGCAGGGGGUGCUUCGACUCUCAAACCAGAGAAGCCCACGAUCUAUGAUAACCCUCCGCCCUCCAUAUCCUCCAUCUUCGAGGGUAUGGAGGAACAUGCCACAGAGAUGGCCGGCCUGCUGGAGAAUCUUGUCAACCACUACGAUUUAUGCGUCUCAGCCCUCAAGCAUACUGAAGGAGGCGGUGAAGCUGCGCGCGCCGCUACUGCGGAUAUGAAAGAGGCCACACCUGGCACCGAAGAAUCCUUGUACGAUAAGACUGUCGCCGAGGCCAUUUCCGAUGAGGAACGAGUUGAAAUGUUGCAAGUUCUCCUGAAGGAUGCUCAGGAAGUCGAUGAUGUGGUGGCCGAAAUCCGCGAUAGGGCGAGCGAGAUGGAAGACCAAUACUCUCUGCUGACAAAGUAUGCCAAGAAAGCAAGAGCGCAACAUCAAUCUCUACAGCAAGUCCUGGAGACGAUGCGUGAAAUUCGUGCUGCCAUUCCUGGUCAUUUGGAUGCUGCGGGUCACUUCCGAGAGCGAUGGCAGAGUAUCAGUGUUGAUAUUCGUGCAAAGACACAAGAGCUGGCGGAGCUCAGUGUCUUCUACGAGCAAUUCCUUGCUGGAUAUGGGAAGUUGCUGCGGGAAGUGGAAAGGAGAAAAGUGAGCGAGUUGGCUAUGAAGAAGAUUGUGGAAAAGGCGCGAAAAGAUCUGGAUAGGUUGCACGAAACGGAUCGAGUCGCUCGGGAGGAGUUCAUGGAGGAUGUAGGAGCCUAUCUGCCACGAGAUUUAGGCGUUUGGCAUGGAUUGGAUGAGGAGCCGCUCAGAUGGGACGUGAGACCGGUGUACGACGAAAGAUCGCUUGGAGAAGAGGACGUUGGCGGGCAGGGAUCGCCAAGAUUAUUGGAUGGGUCGUGAGACAUUCAUAUGUGCCGGAACAAUGACAUAUGCUGUUUCCCACCCUCCAUCUCGAAUUUUUGCGGGAGUGCAGCCUCGUUCCUGAGACCUCCACUCAAUGACAUGAGCUCACUGCUAUUGCUUAUGCAGAGUCUGAACGGUUUUGUAGGCCAAGAUGGCUGUGCAAAGGUCAGUCCGAGCCCUUUGUGACGCAUUCGACAGUCAAAGGCAUGGACACUGUCAAUGUCUGAUGACACAUAAGAUAGCGCAGCGGCUGAAGUGAAGUGAAGUGUAAAAGUGGAUAGACUCUACUGACUCAUAAUUUGGAUCCUGAACGCAUCGACCAUCGUUCUUCUAGCACGACGGUAC